AAUGUUUGGCCGUCUGGAUCAAAUGUGUUCGUUGUAUUUCUCUUGCGCACGACCGAAACAGCUCUAGCCGUCCAUGAAAUCGCUGCUCAAACAUCUCCUUCGCAAGCGUCUCACCGCAGAUCGUCGGAGUCGCCGCCGCCUCCACUCCGGCUCCCAUUCCCACCCACACCCUCUCGUCUCCAUCUUCUCCCGCCUCUGCCUCGAUGGCCCCUUCACCGCCGCGCUCGCGCUGCUCCCGGACAUCGCCGCGGCCGGCGUCCGCGCGGACCCGGUCUCCCUCUGCCGCCUCAUCAAGCUCUGCGUCCGCCACGGUACGGUCGGCGACGGCCGCGCCAUCCACCGCCACGUAUCCCUUUGCGCCCAUGGAGGCGGAGGAGCGACCCACGGCAGCCUCUUCGUCUCCAACUCCCUGGUCUCCAUGUACGCCAAGUUCGGCAUGCUCGACGACGCGCUCGAGCUGUUCGGCGGAAUGCCCCAGAGGAACGUCGUCUCGUGGACAACCGUCGUCGCGGCGCUGGCGAAUGCCCCUGGGAGGAAGAAGGAGGCGCUGAGGUUUCUCGUGGAGAUGCGGAGGGACGGAGUGGCUGCCAACAGUUACACGUUCUCGAGCGUCCUGGGCGCUUGCGGCACGCCAGGGGUGCUCGCAGCCAUGCACGCGGACAUCAUUAAGGUCGGGCUGGAUUCUGACGUGUUUGUGCGUAGCUCCUUGAUUGAUGCGUAUAUGAAGCUUGGGGAUUUGGACAGCGGGCGCGGAGUUUUUGACGAGAUGGUCACCUGCGAUUUGGUCGUGUGGAAUUCGAUCAUCGCGGGAUUUGCACAGAGCGGUGACGGUGUUGGGGCGAUGGAAUUGUUCAUGAGGAUGAAGGAGUCUGGGUUCUUGGCGAACCAAGGUACUUUAACCAGUGUACUCAGGGCGUGCACUGGGAUGGUCAUGCUCGAGGUGGGGAGGCAGGUCCAUGCUCAUGUGCUCAAGUAUGACAGGGACUUGAUUCUGCACAAUGCACUUCUGGACAUGUACUGCAAAUGUGGGUGCUUGCUGGAUGCAGACGCCUUGUUCAGCAGAAUGCAUGAUAGGGAUGUCAUCUCGUGGAGCACCAUGAUCUCUGGUUUGGCGCAGAAUGGGAGAAGCGUUGAGGCAUUGAAGGUUUUUGACUUGAUGAAAGCUGAAGGACCUACACCGAACAACAUAACGAUGGUUGGAGUUCUAUUUGCAUGCAGUCAUGCCGGUUUGGUGGAAGAUGGUUGGCAUUACUUUAGGUCGAUGGACAAACUCUUUGGCAUUCAACCUGAGAGAGAACACUGCAACUGCAUGGUCGAUCUCCUCGGUCGGGCAGGUAAGCUCGAUGAGGCUAUGAAAUUCAUUGGUGAGAUGAAAUUUGAGCCAGACUCGGUCAUAUGGAGAACUCUUCUUGGGGCGUGUAGGAUGCACAAAAAUGCCACCCUUGCGUCAUAUGCAGCAACAGAGAUCCUGAAACUGGAGCCUGAAGAUCAAGGUGCCCGCAUAUUGUUGUCAAAUAUAUAUGCUGAUUUGCGACAAUGGUCAAAUGCUGAGAAGUCAUGGAAGACGAUGAGAGACCAAGGGGUCAAGAAAGAGCCUGGGCGAAGCUGGAUCGAGCUGGGGAAACUGGUCCAUGUGUUCAUUGCUGGCGAGUUGUCACACCCAUGCUCAGAUCGUAUAGUUCAGGAACUGAACCGACUGAUCAGGCGGGCCAAAGACCUCGGUUAUGUUCCCCAGACAGAAUUUGUGCUGCAGGAUCUUGGGACUGAGCAGAAAGAAGAUCUGCUGAAAUAUCACAGCGAGAAGUUGGCCAUUGCGUUUGGAACAAUGAAUUCAAUGGAGGGGAAGCCUGUUAGGAUCAUGAAGAACCUCAGAAUCUGUGGCGACUGCCACGCAUUUGCGAAGCUCGUCUCCAAGACUGAAGGCAAGGCGAUCAUCAUCAGAGACCCGGUUCGGUUCCACCAUUUCCAGCAUGGAGUUUGCUCAUGUGGCGACUACUGGUAGACAUGAUGAUACACAUUGCCGAGGCUCCUGUUGCGACUAGUGGCUUGAUUAGAAGUCCCGACGGCAUUUUCUUUGUGGCUGAUAACAACUUGUAGAUUCUGAGACGCUCCGCACCCUUGAUCUUCAUCUUAUACUUGGAGAAACAUCCUGUUUGUAAGAGUUUGGAGCAGAAAGGAGUCCGGUUGAGUAUUGGCAAUGGCUUGACGAUGAAAAUCCUGUUGGACAACUGGAUUCCUGGCAUUACUCCGAGCCUGCGUCGUCCUCUUGUGCCACUAUCGAGCGGCCAGACUGAAUUCUCUGUCAUGGGAUGUGGAUUUGGUCCGUUCCAUUUUUGAGCAUGGUGUUGCUAUCAAGUGCUCCAGGUACCGAUCAGCCUUGCUGAUCAAGUGAUGUUUUUGUUUCCUGGCCUUUCUCUGUGGGCCAUCAAGGCACCGGGCAAGAUGAUCUGUGGCGCUUUGCUUAUGACUGCCCCCCGUUUGGUCACUAGAUGACGCGCAUAUAUGUCCUGGCCUUGGACGCCUGCCUGUUCUCUAAAAAGGAGGAGCACAUGGAGCAUGCGCUGCUAAAUUUGCCACAUGUACACUGGUAUUUUUUGGAAAAAGAGUAAAAGUAUGGCACUUGUUUUUGGA